AUGCCCAGAUGGAUCGACCCCGUGUUGCUGCCCAAGACGAGCGAGCGGCUCAUGGGCCUCGCCAUCUACCGCCGCCUGUACGGCCACAGCUACGUACCUGUCGGCUAUGAAGUGCCCAACGCCGAGCCGUGGCCCAAGGUGCUGCACGGCAAGCCGCUUGGCGGCGCCGUCAACCUCUUGCGUGUCGCCUAUCACCAGCUCGAUCCGUGGGUGGAAGUGAGCCUCGAGGGCCUCGGCUUUGUCUGGAGCUCUCCAGUGGACUGCACGCGCGCCCGGUGCUUCAUCGCCCACUCCCGCGCCAGGGUCAUGACCACUUGGUCGGUCAUCCUCGCCGCGCUCGCCCGAUUCCGCGAGCUCCACGGCCACGUGCAUGUGCCCGAGUGCUGGGCAGUACCAAGGAACGAUGCCUCGUGGCCCAAAGAGGCGUGGA